UGUGCGUCGGGGUUUUUGGCUGCCUCGUCAUUAAAGCAGGCUGUGCUCUACAGCGAGUGUGGGGUGCUGUGUUGAGAGUUUACAUAACCUUUCAGGACUGUCGGGUGUGUCAUCUGGACAGUUCAGCACGCACGUCUCCAUUAAGCGUUAAGACGCUCGCAGGACGCCGGUUACCCUCCAAGCCUGCGCUGAGAAAAUCACUAUAAAAACUGUUGUGACUUUUACUCUGAAGUGUGAAGACGCCAACAGGAAAAAGGAAGUCCCCGGCCCGCCUUGCUCGCCCGUGCAGCGCUGUGAGUGGCUGCUUGACUCGUCAUCAGGAAGUGGUGGCCGGGGACUUCCUGCGGAAGCGAAGCGCAGCGCAGCGGCUCGGCGGAGUUGGGCAGACAUGGCUUUGGGAGAUUGUUGGAAGCAGUUGUCCUGGUUUUACUACCAGUACCUCCUCGUCACGGCGCUGUACAUGCUGGAGCCCUGGGAGAGAACCGUGUUCAACUCCCUGCUGGUCUCUGUAGCGGGCAUGGCGGUGUAUACUGGCUAUGUCUUCAUGCCUCAGCACAUCAUGGCCAUACUGCACUACUUUGAGGUGGUCCAGUGACCCUCCACCUGUCCCCCCCGUCCGGUCCCUGCUCUGACCAGAGCUUCUCCGUCUCUGGCCAUUCGUCUACUUGUCUGUCUGUCAUUUCCUGGCUGUGGGCUGUUUGGCAACAUGGAUUCCAGCCAGCUAAAGGUGGGAGUUUUCCCCUCACAACACCAAUCUGAUAAAGCUUAAAGCUCCACCCGCCUUGGCUGCACUGGGCUUGUGAAUUGAACAGACUGACGGGCUUCAUUUUUUUGAACUGGAACAUGGGCAAAAGGUCUUCAAAUGAUUGACAGCUUUGAGGGUGCAGUGGUUUUAGGCCUGGUGUGAUUUUUUUAGCCCCAUGCCGAUGGCAAUCGUCGCAGUCAAGUGCACCUUAUAUUCUGUCUAACUGCUUAGAAACCAUUUCCGAUACGAAUGCAGUGAUUUGCCCUCGUGUGGUUGUGAGUGACUGGGCUGUCGUUUUAUUCCAGACAUUUAAAACCCUUGUUGAGUUCUCAACGCAGGAGACCGACUGUUUUCUCAACUUGUCAGUAGCCCCCCAAACUUUCUCCACCUUGCCGUGUUAGUAUGACCUUCAGAGCAGAAUGAGACCGGAGUGGUGGUUUGUUGUCUGGUUAAUGGCUGGUAGAAUCUAGGUCCGUGUGGACUCUCAGCCUCCCUCCGUUCAGUCACGCCAGCAUUCAGCUGCUGCUGAGGUCCUCUCUGGCAGCAAAAUGGGGCUUUUUUAUGCUUUUGGCCAGAUGUCUUAAAUGUUUCCAUUUUUAUGAAAUUACUUUUUACAUUCUACUAAUGAUAACUCUUGUAAAUGUUUGUGAUUACUUUCCUUUAGAUUUGUCUAUUUUUCUCACCUGUGUGUAUAUAAUCUUGUAUACAUAUUUGUAAUGUUUUAUAGAUGGAUGUGUUAAGUUAAAUUUGUCUCAGAGGAUUGCUGAAUUUCUGAAAGCACAUCUUAUGUCAAGUCCUGGUAUCUUCUGCAAAAUCAUUAAAGGGAUGUUUC